AUGGCUGACCGUCGUCCAGAAGAAGUAGAAAUGUCUCGAGCAAAGCGUGCGAGAACCGACAAUAUGGAUCCCAAGACGAAUCCGUAUCUGGCGCAUAUGUAUGAGGAGGAAAGUAAUGACUGGGGCAAUGGUUCAAAUGGUGCUGGAUCUGGACUUUCGAACUUCAAACGCCAUCACACAACCGCUGCACAGGCACAUGAAGCUGAAGAUGGACCUGCGAAUCCUUUCAAUGAAAAGCCUCUUUCGAAACAGUAUUUCAAUAUCUUAAAGACCAGAAGAGAUUUGCCUGUUCACAAGCAAAGACAAGAAUUUCUUAAUAUGUUUCAAAAGACCCAAAUUUUGGUCUUCGUCGGAGAGACCGGUUCUGGUAAAACAACACAAAUUCCUCAAUUCGUUCUCUACGAUGAUCUUCCUCACCUCACUGGCAAGCUUGUCGCAUGUACACAACCUCGUCGAGUAGCAGCUAUGUCAGUGGCGCAGCGUGUGGCAAAUGAAAUGGACGUCAAACUAGGAGACGAAGUCGGAUACAGCAUUCGUUUCGAGGACGUGACGAGUUCGAAAACCAUACUUAAAUAUAUGACUGAUGGUAUGCUUCUCAGAGAAGCCAUGCAUGAUCAUAAUUUGACGAGGUAUAGCUGCAUCAUUCUUGAUGAAGCUCACGAACGUACUUUGGCCACGGAUAUUUUGAUGGGUUUGUUAAAGGAAGUGGCGCUCAGACGACCAGAUCUCAAGAUCGUUAUUAUGUCUGCUACACUUGAUGCGCAGAAGUUCCAGAAAUACUUCAAUGAUGCUCCACUCUUGGCAGUACCUGGAAGAACACAUCCAGUCGAGAUCUUUUACACCCCAGAGCCAGAAAGAGAUUAUGUUGAGGCAGCACUUAGAACAGUUUUACAGAUUCACGCCACCGAAGCCGAGGGAGAUAUUCUAUUGUUCUUGACGGGUGAAGAGGAAAUUGAAGAUGCAUGCCGAAAGAUAUCUUUAGAGGCAGAUGAGAUGAUUAGGGAAGCAGAUGCUGGUCCAUUAAAGGUGUAUCCACUGUACGGUACAUUGCCCCCAGCACAACAACAAAGAAUUUUCGAGCCAGCACCACAGCCAUUGAGACCCGGUGGACGUCCAGGACGAAAAGUCAUUGUGGGAACAAACAUUGCGGAAACAUCUUUGACCAUUGAUGGUAUCGUGUAUGUGGUUGAUCCCGGUUUCAGUAAACAGAAGGUCUACAAUCCUAGAAUCAGGGUCGAAUCCCUUCUUGUGUCUCCUAUCUCGAAAGCAUCUGCACAACAACGAGCAGGUCGUGCUGGUCGUACUAGACCAGGUAAAUGUUUCAGAUUAUAUACUGAAGCAGCAUUCAAGAAGGAACUUAUCGAACAAACUUAUCCUGAAAUUCUUCGAUCGAAUUUGGCCAACACUGUUUUAGAAUUGAAGAAACUUGGUAUUGAUGAUUUGGUACAUUUUGAUCUUAUGGAUCCUCCAGCCCCAGAAACCCUCAUGAGAGCUCUUGAGGAACUCAACUAUCUUGCCUGUCUUGAUGAUGAUGGAAACCUCACACAAUUAGGCAAACUCGCCUCAGAAUUCCCUCUCGACCCUGCUCUUGCAGUAAUGCUUAUUUCGUCCCCAGAGUUCUACUGCUCAAAUGAAAUUUUAUCCUUAACCGCCCUCCUCUCUGUUCCUCAAAUCUUUGUUCGUCCUGCUUCGUCCAGAAAGCGUGCCGAUGAAAUGAAGGAUCUUUUCGCCCACCCCGACGGAGAUCACUUGACCAUGCUCAACGUUUACCACGCUUUCAAAGGAGAAGCUGCACAAUCUGAUCCUAAAGGCUGGUGUCACCAACAUUUCCUCUCUCUCCGAGCUCUGCAAUCAGCUGAUAACGUCCGUCAACAACUUAAGCGCAUCAUGGAGAAAUCAGAGCUCGAGCUCGUAUCUACAGAUUUCAACGACAAAUCUUACUACACUAAUAUUCGUCGUGCACUCGUAGCAGGUUUCUUCAUGCAAGUUGCAAAGAAGGAAGCGACGGGUAAGACAUAUAAAACGGUCAAGGAUGACCAGAGUGUUUUAUUGCAUCCUAGUACCGUGUUGAAACAAGAUGCUGAGUGGGUGUUGUACAAUGAAUUUGUACUCACGACAAAGAACUAUGUGAGGAGUGUCACGGCUGUUAGACCGGAGUGGUUAUUGGACAUCGCGCCAACAUACUACGACCUUGAAACAUUCGGAAAAGGAGAAAUUAAAACAGCUUUACUGCGAGCUCAAGAUAAAGUUAAGAGGAAGCAGGCUAUGAAGGGUGGUAGAUAA